AUGUCGGACAAGGAAAACGUCGUCACCGCCUCCAUCGAAGCUUCUACAUCCAAGGAGUCGACUCCCGACCCCACCGAGGCGUCACCCAAGGCCAACGGCGAGUCUAAGGCUCCGGCACCUGCUAAGCGCCCCGGAGCUACGACGACCGCCCGUCGCCCUGUUGCGCCUUCUGCCACCGCAUCCAGGCCCGGCGCGUCUGCUUCCACCACGCGCACCACUGGUGGUGGCUUGAGCAAACCGCCCACGCGCCCGCCCACCUCGACGACGGCCACGACCCGCCGACCCACCGCGGCAUCGACCUCGGCCUCGACCCACCGCAGCCGCCCCAGCGUGAGCGCCAGCGAAGAUGAGAAGAAGCCGAGCUUGAGCUCAAGCGCCGCAAGGAGGACGAGCACCGCCAUGUCGAGCCCCGGCAAGUCUGCCGACAAAAAGACGGCUAGCGCGACGGGCACCGCCGCGACUGCCCGCAGACCCACUGCCUCUAGCACUGCUAGUGCUAGCCCACGGACAUCCACCGCGACCCCCAGGACGACCACCUCGGCUACUAAGACUGCCGCAACGGCUCGUUCGGCUGCCGGCACUGGAACCACCGAAGUUCGCAAGAGGCUUUCCACGGCUGGCGUUCCAUCCGCAGCAUCUCGGACGGCCCCUCGGUCAGCUGCCAAGCCUGAAUCGUCCCCCGGCGCACAGGAAAUCGAAGAGCUCAAGUCGAAGCUCGCCGAAGGAAACGCCGAGAUUGAGUCUCUCAGGGCCCAGAUCAAGUCGUCCGAGGAGGCGAUUACGACUCUCCAGGAGCAGGUAGCCAAUGCGGUCGCCUCGACUCCGGAUGCCGAGGAAAAGACCUCGCCGGAGAACGAAGACAUCGUUACCAACCUGAAACACGUGCAUGAAUCCGCGGUCACUGACCUCGAGACCAAGCUUUCCGAGGCCAACGACAAGAUCCAGGCAGCUGAAACAGAGCUGGGCAAGCUCAAGAUGGAUCUGGCCGAGGCGGUGGCCUCCAAAGACGCUACCGAGUCAGAGCUCGAGGCCAUCAAGAAAUCUCUAGAGACGAUCGAGGCUGAGCACUCCGAGAAACUCAAGGCGAGCGAGAGCAAUCUACAGAAAAUCUUGGGCGACCAUGCCUCUAAGAUUGAGGAGCUCCAAGUCUCUCUUGCCGGCCAGCACCAGGCUGCCCUUGGUGAGCUCGAGGCAAAGCACAAGGAGGAGCUCGGGAAGGGCCUGGCUGAGGCCUCGUCCCACGAGGCCGCCCUACAAGAGCUCAAGUCGACGCACGAGUCGGCCCUGGCGGAACUGCAGCAGAAAAUUGACGAGUUGACCGUCUCGCAGGCGGCCCUGGAAUCCGCCAGCGAUGAGAAGACAAAGUCUGAGCAUCAAGCUCACAAUGCUCAGAUUGUCUCGCUUGAGAGCGAAAUCGCCGAGCUUAAGGCUAGGCUCGAAGUAUCUGGGAAGACCGCCGAGACGGCCAGUGCGGAGAUUGAGUCUGUCAACGGCCAAUUGGCCCAGAUCCAGGGGGAGUUGGUCGGCAAGGAAUCGGUGCUUGUCGCUGCCAAGGAGGAUUUGGCAUCACUGCAAGCGAAGGCAGAUGAGGCGCAGAGUGCGCUCGCGGACAAGGAUGGCGAGAUCUCCAAGCUCAAGACGAUGCACGACGAGCGCAUGAAGAACCUGUCACAGGACUACGAGAACGAAAUCGAUAGUCUCCGCGGCGAUGCCUUCUUCAAGCGCAAGUUUGAGGAACUCGAGGCGCAGCACAACGAGCUCAGGACGUCGUCCGAGGAGGCUGCCGAGAGCCACGCAACGGCCCUAGCCGCCGCAAAAGCAGAGCUUGCUGCGGCGAUCGAGGCCCUCGAGGCCGCGGAAAAGAGGCAUCAGCAGAGCCUGGAUGCCCUGCAGGCAAGCCAUGCCGAGGCGCUCGAGUCGGCAAAGACUGGUGCCUCGGCGGACAGGGAUGUCCAGCAAAGCCAGAUGGAGGAGCUCAAGUCUCGACACGCCGAGGAGCUCGUGGCUCUCAGACAGGAAAGCGACGCUGCCUUCGCCAAGGAACUAGAUGCGCUCAAGACUUCUCACGCCUCGAUCCUCGAGACCCUGAAACAGGAGCACGCCGACGACAAGGAAAAGUCGGUGGCCGCUCAACAGGCAGAGCUAACAUCUGCCAAGGACGCCGGUGACAGCGCACACGCCACCGAACUGGCCAAUAUCAAGGCGGAACUCGAAACCGCCAGGUCUGAGCUCGCGCAAGCACAGUCCGACAACUCCUUUACUAUCGAGGCUGUCAGGCAGGAGUUGGAGGAGAAGCACGUCGGGGAAAUCGAAAAGCUCAUCACGCUGAACACGGAGGCUAUUGAGAACGUCAAGCAUGAACGCGCCCAGACCACCAAGGACCUAGAAGAGCUGACGGCUGCCCACGCCAAGUCUCUCGAGGACGCAAUUGCCGAGCACAAGAGCAGCAACUCUAGUCUCGAGGAGAAGCUCUUCCAGCAUGCCGCGGCGAGCGCUGAGCUCGAGGCGGUUCUGCAGCGGGCCCAGGAGGCCCUCGCCAAUGCCGAGUCCGAGGUGGAGGAGUUGAGCCAGCAGCUUGUCCAAGAAAAAAUGGAGCGUAUGACUGCCCUAGCUGAUCUGGAUGCCGCGAAGAAUGUCAAGGCGGACUCGUCGGAGGUUGAUUCACUCAGGGCAGAGCUCGCAUCGCUCAAGAGGGCCCAAGAGGAGGCCGACUCGUCUGCCCUGGCGAGCCUCCAGGCCAAGCAGGCCGAGGUGGAUGCAGGGAAGGCGGAGCUGACGGCUGCGCAGGAGAGCCUGGCCGGCAUGAAGCGAGACUUGGGACUGGCUCUGCAAGACUUAGAGGAACAUCAGGCCGAAGCCGAGGCCAAGUACAAGACGGCUCACGCCGAUUACAAAGAUCUCAAUGAUAGCAUGACGGCCCUGGUCGAGGAGGCGAAUAGCAAGGCCAAGAGCCUGGAGGCCAAGUUCGAAGAAGCCACGAAGAGGCUGGAGCAGGGCGAGAUGAAGAUGGAGGAGCUGGAGGCUCAGCUCAAGGUCAAGGACGCCGAGUUGGCGGAAGCAACGGCCAAGGCGGCGGCAGCUAAGCCCAAGGGCCUAGCCAACAGCAGGUUUGCGGAUGCGGAGGGAGGUGACGACGCCGCAGCCGCAGCGAAGGGUGGCGCGCCGGAAGGUGAGGAUGACAAGGACGACGAAGAUCACUCUUCAGCGGCAUUGGCUUCGCUCAGUAAGGCGCGGUUGACGGCGAAGCAGAUUGAUGCCCUCGAUCGUGAGAUGAGGGAUCGCAACCUGCAGCUCCUAAACUCGAUCACGAACCCGAAUACGCAGCAGUCGGUGUGA